AUAAAAUUAUAUUGAACCAAAUCACCCAAAUCGCUAUUAAUUUCAAUAAAAAUUCAAUAAAUAAUUUUAAUAAUGUCUACUAGAAGUGAAAAAGAUAGGGCUAAACAUAUUCAAGAUCGAUGUCAGAAUAUAUUGAUGCAGUUGCUGAAAGAUGAAGACAAUAAAUACUGUGUUGAUUGCGACGCCAAGGGUCCCCGCUGGGCGUCAUGGAACUUGGGCAUAUUCCUGUGCAUCCGGUGUGCUGGCAUACACAGAAAUCUCGGUGUCCACAUCUCAAAAGUUAAAAGUGUAAAUCUUGAUUCCUGGACGGCAGAACAAGUGAUGUACCUCCAACAGAUGGGUAACUCCCGAGCUCGGGCGGUGUAUGAAGCGAACCUGCCCGACGCGUUCCGGCGGCCGCAGAACGACGCGCCGCUCGAGGCCUUCAUACGCGCUAAAUAUGAGCAGAAGAAAUAUAUAGCUAAGGAGUGGGUGCCCCCUACCAUACCUAAAGUGAAUUGGGAUAAAGAAAUCGAUGAAGAAUUAGAAAAACAAAGAAGGAAAAAGAGAGCCACCACAUCAGGUCUCGGACCACUGCCUGCGCCCACAGGAGAUAAGAAAUAUAAUAAAUCAGACGUCAUUCCUAGCAUACCCAAACCCAAAUCGUCCGUCAGUCCAAAGCUGGGGAGGAACACGCCGCCCACCCUCGCCGAGCCCAGCAAGCCGUCCAACGGGUCUGCGGACCUGCUCGGCUUGGACACCACCAAGCCCGAGCCCCCCAAGCCGGCCAAUGACGACAUAUUCUCGAGCUUCUUCUCCGCGCCGCAGGAGAAGCCUGCCGAGCCCGCCGCCGCGCCCAAAACUGAUCUCAGAACGGAGGAGGAGAACUUCUUUAAGCAGCCCGCGCCCACGGAGAAGGAGAAGACGAAGCUGACCAAGGACAGCAUCUUGGCGCUCUACAGCCAGACGCCCAGCAACACCAUGAAUCAGUUCAACCCCCAGCCACAGCAGUUCAACCCCCAGCCGCAGCAGUUCAACCCCCAGCCGCAGCAAUUCAAUGCCCAGCCGCAGCAGUUCAACCCUCAGCCGCAGCAAUUCAAUCCCCAGCCGCAGCAGUUCAACGCGCAGUUCGGGAGCGCGUUCCAGCAGGCGGCGCCCGCGUUCGGCGGAAUGGGGCAGAACGGCAUGUUCAACCAGUUCCCGGCCAUGAGCGGCCAGUUCCAGCAGUUCGGCGCGGCGCCAGCGCAGGCGGCCCCGGUGCCGGCCUUCCCGCCGAGCCAGCAGCUGUUCGGCCAGCCGGCGCAGCAGCCCAACCUGGCCCAGCAGUUCGGCGGCCUCAGCCUAGGUCAGAGUUUUCCUGGAGCGUUCGGCGCGCCCAACGCAAACGUCGCGAGCAACUCGACGUGGCAGUAGGUGCUCCUAUGUGACUGUAGAUAACGUAAUGUAUCCGAGUUUGCCCGCGUCCGGGCAGGAGGCUCCGGUAAUCCCACGGUAUUUUUAUAGUGCGGCCGAUUAUGUGGAUCGUUUGAGUGUAUCGUGUAAUUGAUGUUGAAACCGAUGAAAACCCGGGGGCGGAGCGAUAGAUGAUUUUUCUGCCUGUAUUUUUUUUUACAAAAAAUUUACUCCCGACGAUACAUUUUUAAUGAGCUGCCCAAAAAAGUAUUAUUUUAAUGAAUGCCAUUUACCUGAAGUAUUGAUGAUGAUGCCAUAAGUACACCCUUCGCUCCGCUGCUGUCGCGACAUCAAACACCAAAAAGAUUGUUUUAAACCUGUUACAAUGUAAUAACUGACCAUUGUACGUAUACAAAUAAUGAGUAUAAACUUCAAUCACUU